GCGCACACAUGCAAUAAGCACCAGGCAAGCAAGCGCGCGCUUCGCUUCUGGUCUUUCGCCCACUCCACUCACUGGCCCCCCUCCCACUCAUUGCCCUCUCUCUCUCUCUGUCUCCACCGGCCAUCAUCAUCCUCACGAUCACCACAUAGUCCCACUUCCAUUCCGCCCACACCCCUUCCCUCUCUUUCUUCCGCAGGAUCGAAUUCCACUCCAGUUUUAGCUCUCUCACCGGCUCGCACUUUCAUCCUGACACGUUCUCUCCACCUGCUCAUCCAACCGUUCCUUCCUUUCCUCCCCCUUCAUAUUCCUUUACCCGCUCUUCUUUUCUCUUUCACACUCCCACCCAGUCUCCAAUUAUAACCAAAGAACAAGAAGAAGAAAAGGAAGCUUCUCCAGUCGUUCCUUCAGGGGAUUCCUCAGCCCUCCCCCUCACAAAAAAUAAUAAUAAUAACACUCCAUGGCCCAGAACGGCUUUUUGCCGCCAUCCGAUUACACGACCCCGCCAUGGCCAUCACUCUACUGGCCCAUCACCGACCCUCUAGGCCAUGGCAUCUUUAUGUACUAUCCCAAAGACAUCUGGCGCUUCACGACGUACUGGACACUCAUCUUCAUCGUCUCCAUUUACACCAUUGCGGGACUCUGGGCCUGUCUGGUCUUUAGUCGGAGACACUACAAAUGGGCGAUCCUCCUCCCGGUGUUUUUCUUUAUCACCGGUGCAUUUAUUGCAAUCCUGAGCGGGAGUCUUGUUGGCCUAGCCAUUGCAGCGAUAUACAACGCGGGCGCGUAUCGGAUGUCGACCUGGGUGCCCUUUCUAUGGGGCCUCAUCCAAGCAUUAGUGGUCAUCAUGGGCUCCUAUUCGACGGUCACCACCAUUCUAUGAUCAUCUCUUUGAAGCCUUUUCUCUUUCAAUGUCGGCCCACUCUUCAUUCACGGCAGUCUCAAACAAACGACUCUUUAAUUCUCUUGUACAAUACCAACUGCAGUACCCUAAUACUUUUGUCUUCUUCCCCACCCGAUAAUGUCUUUAACCAACCCAACAAAAACCUGUAACAUCUUCAACACGAAAAAUAAUAGUAAUAACAACGAUGGUAAUAAUAAUAUUAAUAAUAUUAAUAAUAAUAAAAGAACUACGAUGA